UCACCGUGUUAACACUAACCAUGGCUGACGGAGGAGAAGGCGAGGAUGAAAUCCAGUUUUUGCGUACUGAUGACGAGGUGGUCUUACAGUGCUCAGCUACAAUCCACAAGGAGCAGCAGAAACUCUGUCUGGCUGCUGAAGGUUUUGGAAACAGACUCUGCUUCCUUGAGUCCAUCUCAAACUCCAAGAAUGUGCCUCCAGACCUGUCCAUCUGCACUUUUGUGCUGGAGCAGUCUUUGUCUGUACGAGCCCUGCAGGAGAUGCUGGCCAAUACCGAGGAGAAGGCUGAUGGGGCGAGUAUGGCCCAGGGAGGUGGUCAUCGGACCCUACUGUAUGGACACGCUGUGCUACUACGGCACUCCAACAGUGGAAUGUACCUGUGCUGCCUGUCUACUUCACGGUCAUCUACAGACAAACUGGCUUUUGAUGUGGGACUGCAGGAAGAUACCACAGGCGAGGCAUGCUGGUGGACCAUCCAUCCAGCAUCAAAGCAGCGCUCAGAGGGAGAAAAGGUCAGAGUUGGAGAUGAUCUCAUCCUGGUCAGCGUCUCCUCUGAAAGAUAUCUGCAUCUGUCCUACGGUAAUGGCAGUCUCCAUGUAGAUGCAGCCUUCCAGCAGACACUGUGGAGUGUGGCUCCCAUCUGUUCUGGCAGUGAAGUAGCACAAGGUUUCCUAAUUGGAGGUGAUGUUUUGCGCCUACUUCAUGGCCACAUGGACGAGUGUCUAACAGUUCCUUCUGGGGAGCAUGGAGAUGAGCAGAGGAGGACCGUGCACUAUGAGGGUGGAGCAGUGUCCAGUCAUGCCAGAUCCCUGUGGAGGUUGGAGACACUGCGAGUUGUGUGGAGUGGGAGUCAUAUUCGUUGGGGUCAGCCAUUCAGACUGAGACAUGUGACCACAGGAAAGUAUCUGAGCAUGAUAGAAGACAAGUCUCUGCUUCUAUUGGAUAAAGAGAAAGCUGAUGUCAAGUCUACAGCCUUCUGCUUCAGGUCUUCCAAGGAAAAGCUGGACCCUAGUGUGAGGAAAGACAUGGAUGGGAUGGGUACUCCUGACAUUAAAUAUGGCGACUCUGUGUGUUACAUUCAACAUGUUGACACCUGUCUGUGGCUUACAUACCAGACUGUUGAUGCCAAGUGUGCACGCAUGGGUGGAGUACAGAGAAAGGCAAUCAUGCACCACGAGGGGCACAUGGAUGAUGGGCUAACACUGUCGCGUUCACAACACGAGGAAAGCCGCACUGCAAGGGUCAUCCGCAGCACUGUGUUCCUGUUCAACCGUUUUAUCAGGGGUCUGGACAUACUAAGAAAAAAGGGAAGGAGCUCUACUUUGGAUCUGCCAAUAGACUCAGUUAGCCUUAGUUUGCAGGAUCUAAUUGGCUACUUCCAACCACCUGGAGAUCACUUGGAACAUGAAGACAAGCAGAACCGACUGAGAGCUCUGAAGAACCGUCAGAAUCUCUUUCAGGAAGAGGGGAUGAUCAGCCUGGUCUUGGAGUGUAUUGAUCGUCUUCACGUCUAUAGUAGUGCAGCUCAUUUCGCAGAGGCAGUUGGAAAGGAGGCUGGAGAUGCCUGGAGCUCCAUUCUCAACUCCCUCUACCAGCUCCUGGCUGCACUCAUCAGGGGGAACAGGAAGAACUGUGCCCAGUUCUCUGGUUCACUGGACUGGCUCAUUAGCAGACUGGAGCGGCUGGAGGCUUGUUCUGGUAUAUUGGAGGUGCUUCACUGUGUGCUGGUGGAGAGUCCUGAAGCACUUAACAUAAUCAAAGAGGGACAUAUCAAAUCCAUUAUAUCUCUGUUGGACAAACAUGGUCGGAAUCACAAGGUUCUAGACGUGUUAUGUUCAUUGUGUGUGUGUCACGGGGUGGCAGUGCGCUCUAACCAGCACCUGAUCUGUGAUAACCUACUGCCAGGAAGAGAUUUGUUACUGCAGACCCGCCUGAUCAACCACGUAAGCAGCAUGCGUCCUAACAUCUUUCUGGGUGUCAGUGAUGGCUCUGCCCAGUACAGGAAGUGGUACUACGAGUUGAUUGUGGAUGAGGUUUUGCCAUUUGUCACAGCAGAGGCCACUCACCUGAGGGUGGGCUGGGGCAACACUAAUGGCUAUGCACCAUACCCCAGUGGAGGUGAGGGGUGGGGAGGCAAUGGGGUGGGUGAUGACCUCUAUUCCUAUGGCUUCGAUGGACUCCAUCUUUGGUCAGGCUGCAUUGCACGGACUGUUAGCUCACCCAAUCAGCAUCUCCUGCGAUCAGAGGAUGUGGUGAGCUGCUGCCUGGACCUCAGUGUGCCCAGCAUCUCCUUCAGGAUCAAUGGGCAGCCGGUUCAGGGCAUGUUUGAGAACUUCAACUCUGAUGGCCUUUUCUUCCCAGUGGCGAGCUUCUCUGCUGGGGUCAAGGUGCGUUUCCUCCUCGGUGGGCGUCAUGGGGAGUUCAAGUUCCUCCCUCCUCCAGGUUAUGCUCCUUGCUACGAGGCUGUGUUGCCUAGGGAGAAGCUGAAAUUGGAGGCCAGUCAGGAUCAGACUGCCACCAGAGACCUGCUAGGACCCACCAUCACUUUGAGCCAGGCAGCAUUCACCCCCACUCCUGUAGACACCAGCCAGAUUGUUUUGCCACCUCUCUUGGAGAGGAUCAGGGAGAAACUUGCAGAAAACAUCCAUGAACUCUGGGUGAUGAACAAGAUAGAACUGGGGUGGACCUAUGGUGUAGUGCGAGACGAUAACAAGCGGCAGCAUCCAUGUCUGGUGGAGUUCUCCAAGCUUCCUGAACAGGAACGAAGCUACAAUUUACAGAUGUCUCUAGAGACUCUCAAAACUCUUCUGGCUUUGGGUUGCCAUGUUGGACUAGCAGAUGAACAUGCUGUAGAGAAAGUCAAGAGCAUGAAGCUGUCACCAACCUAUGAGUUAUCCAGUGGUUAUAAACCUGCUCCUCUGGACCUGAGUCACAUCAAAUUGACCUCCACCCAGGAAGCUAUGGUGGACAAGCUAGCUGAGAAUGCACACAAUGUUUGGGCAAGAGAUCGCAUCCGCCAAGGCUGGACCUAUGGCAUACAACAGGAUGUAAAGAACCGUAGAAACCCUCGUCUGGUCCCCUACACUCUGCUGGAUGAGAGAACCAAAAAGUCCAACAAAGACAGUCUGAGAGAGGCUGUCAGGACUCUCCUGGGAUAUGGAUACAAUCUUGAAGCGCCUGACCAGGAUCAUGGUACAAUACUGUUCACAUUUAAUAUGUCAGCUGAGAGGUUCCGCAUUUUCAGAGCAGAAAAAACAUACUGCGUUAAUGCUGGGAAGUGGUACUUUGAACUGGAGGUACUAACUGCUGGAGAGAUGAGGGUUGGCUGGGCCAGACCAGGAUGUCUACCAGACCAGGAGUUGGGCUCUGAUGAUCAGGCCUUUGUCUUUGAUGGCUUUAAGGUCCAGCGCUGGCACCAAGGUAAUGAGCACUUUGGUCGAGCCUGGCAGACAGGGGAUGUGGUGGGCUGCAUGGUGGAUCUGAAUGAGCACACCAUGAUGUUCACACUCAAUGGAGAAGUGCUGCUGGAUGAUUCUGGAUCUGAGCUGGCCUUCAAGGACUUUGAAGUCAGUGAAGGUUUUAUUCCGGUUUGCAGUCUGGGUGUGUGUCAGGCUGGGAGAAUGAACUUUGGUAAAGAUGUCAGCACUCUAAAGUACUUCACCAUUUGCGGGCUGCAGGAAGGCUAUGAACCGUUUGCUGUUAACAUGAACCGGGAUGUCACCAUGUGGCUCAGCAAGAGGCUCCCUCAGUUUGUACCCGUACCCCCCAACCACCAACACAUUGAGGUGACAAGGAUAGAUGGGACAGUAGAGUCGUGUCCAUGCCUAAAGGUCACCCAGAAGUCUUUUGGCUCACAGAGCAGCUAUACUGACAUUACCUUCUACAGACUGAGCAUGCCCAUAGAAUGUGCCGAAUCCAGGUGUCCACCAAACGGCAGCCUCUUCUCACCAAAGAGGGAGCUGGAGGACUUUGAAAAUGUAUCAGACUUUGAGGUCCUGAGGAAGUCGUCUCACAAUCAUAAUGGUCCUAAUGGACCCGACAGAGAUGAGUUCAACAACCACAAAGAUUAUAACCAGGAGAAGCCUUCCAAAUUCAAACAACGGUUGGCUCUGAAGAGAAAUAAGCUAGACAACAGCUGUCCCUCAUCUGCUCGUCUGUCUGAAGAGGUGACGGUUGAUGACAGAGAUGGCUAUGAAUUCCUCAUGCAAGCCUCUACUUACUACUAUUCAGUUCGGAUCUUCCCAGGUCAGGAGCCCAGCAGUGUUUGGGUAGGCUGGGUGACUUCUGACUUCCAUCAGUAUGACCCGUACUUUGAGCUACACAAGGUCCGAACUGUCACUGUUACCCUGGGAGAUGAAAAGGGCAAAGUUCAUGAGAGCAUAAAGCGCAGUAACUGUUACAUGGUGUGGGCUGGAGAAAGCAGCAGUCCCGGUCAGGGGAGGAACAACGGCUUAGAGAUUGGCUGUCUGGUUGACACUACAAACAGUCUGCUGACCUUCACAGCCAAUGGCAAAGAACUUAGCACAUACUACCAGGUGGAACCCAGCACUAAACUGUUCCCUGCAGUCUUUGCAAAGGCCACAAGUCCUAAUGUGUUCCAGUUUGAACUGGGCCGUAUUAAGAAUGUGAUGCCUCUAUCAGCUGGUCUGUUUAAGAGUGAGAAGAAGAACCCAGUUCCCCAGUGUCCUCCACGGCUUCAUGUACAGUUUCUUACUCCUGUGUUAUGGAGUCGUGUUUCCAACCACUUCCUCAAGGUCUCAGUCUCCAGAGCAAAUGAUCGACAUGGCUGGCUGGUCCAGUGUAACAAACCCCUGCAGUUCAUGUCUCUACACAUACCUGAGGAGAACAGGUCGCUGGAUAUCCUGGAGCUGUCAGAGCACAAGGACUUAUUAAAAUUUCAUUACCAUACCCUCAGACUGUACUCUGCCAUCUGUGCUCUGGGAAACAACCGAGUAGCUCACGCCCUCUGCUCCCAUGUUGAUGAAGCACAGCUGCUGCACGCUAUACAGAAUAAGUAUAUGCCAGGUCUUCUUCGUGUUGGCUACUAUGACCUCCUCAUUGACAUCCACCUCAGCAGCUAUGCCACAGCACGCCUCAUGAUGAACAAUGAGUAUAUUGUUCCCAUGACAGAUGACACAAAGAGCAUCACCCUGUUUCCAAAUGAGAAGAAGAAACAUGGGCUGCCUGGCAUUGGACUCAGCACCUCCUUGAGACCCAGAAUGCACUUUGCAUCCCCAAGUUUUGUAUGCAGGCCUGGACCAUCAUGCUGUAACAACGGCAACAAUGGAUUGGGAUCAGGAGACUGUUUUCAGUACAGCCCUGAAUUCCCCUUAGAUAUACUGAAAGUUAAAACCAUUGAGAUGCUGACAGAGGCAGUACGGGAGGGAAGCAUGCAUGUACGGGAUCCAGUAGGAGGAAGCACUGAGUUUCUCUUUGUGCCACUCAUCAAACUGUUAUAUAUUAUGCUCAUCAUGGGUGUUUUCCAAAAUGGAGAUCUGAAGAACAUCCUCCAGCUGAUUGAACCGUCUGUAUUCUGUGAACGACGCAAUGCACAGGAUGAGCAUUACAUGGAGCUGGAGGUGCUAAAGAAGGGUGAAACCGAAGGAAGAGGAGAGGAACAAGGACAGAAUAUGCCUAAAGGAGGGCUCUUAGAGAUGAAGCUACCGGAGCCUGUAAAACUCCAGAUGUGUCAUGUGCUGCAGUACCUGUGUGACUGUCAGGUGCGGCAUCGUAUUGAGGCAGUGGUGGCCUUCUCUGAUGACUUUGUGGCCUGUCUCCAAGAAAACCAGCGGUUUCGUUACAAUGAGGUGAUGCUGGCACUCAACAUGUCUGCAGCCCUUACUGCCAAGAAGACCAAAGAGUUCAGAUCUCCCCCACAGGAACAGAUCAACAUGCUACUAAACUUUAAGGAUGAGAAACAGGAGUGUCCCUGUCCCGAAUACAUCAGAGAACAGCUUCUAGACUUCCAUGAAGAUCUGAUGAGACACUGUGGUAUAGACUUGGAUGACGAGAAAGGCAUUAACUGUGACAGUGACUUCACCAUUCGAGGUCGACUCAUGUCACUGGUGGAGAAAGUGGCUUAUCUAAAGAAGAAGAUGGCCAACCUGCCGAAGGAGAAAAAAGACAGGAAACCUAGUACCUUACAGCAGCUCAUUUCUGAUACAAUGGUGCGCUGGGCUCAGGAGUCAGUUAUAGAGGAUCCAGAGCUGGUCAGAGCUAUGUUUGUCCUGCUACACCGCCAGUAUGAUGGCAUUGGUGGACAGGUGAGGGCUCUUCCUAAGACCUACACUAUAAACUCAGUAUCGAUUGAGGACACCAUCAACCUGUUAGCUGCUCUGGGUCAGAUCAGAUCUCUGCUGAGUGUGCGCAUGGGAAGAGAGGAGGAGAAGUUGAUGAUCAGAGGGCUGGGUGAUAUCAUGAACAACAAAGUGUUCUACCAGCAUCCUAACCUGAUGAGAGCACUGGGGAUGCAUGAGACUGUCAUGGAGGUCAUGGUCAAUGUGCUUAGUGGAGGAGACUCCAAGGAAAUCACCUUUCCAAAGAUGGUGGCCAACUGUUGUCGUUUCCUAUGCUACUUCUGUCGAAUCAGCCGUCAAAACCAGAAAGCCAUGUUUGACCAUCUCAGCUACCUGCUAGAGAACAGCAGUGUUGGCCUCGCAUCUCCAUCUAUGCGAGGAUCCACUCCUCUGGAUGUGGCUGCAGCAUCAGUCAUGGAUAAUAAUGAGCUGGCCCUGGCUUUAAGAGAGCCAGACCUGGAAAAGGUGGUACAGUACCUAGCUGGGUGUGGGCUCCAAAGCUGUGUGAUGCUGGUUCGUAAAGGAUAUCCUGAUAUUGGCUGGAACCCUGUGGAAGGGGAACGAUACCUUGACUUCCUGCGCUUUGCUGUCUUCUGCAAUGGUGAAAGCGUGGAGGAGAAUGCCAAUGUUGUAGUAAGGCUUCUUAUUCGCCGACCAGAAUGUUUUGGCCCUGCCCUUCGAGGUGAAGGUGGUGACGGGUUAUUGGCAGCAAUGGAGGAGGCCAUUAAGAUCUCUCAGGAUCCCUCCAGAGAUGGUCCAUCGCCUACAUCUGAGAGCAGCAAGACACUCAGUGACAUGCUAGAGGAAGAGGAAGAUGAUACCAUUCACAUGGGGAAUGCUAUCAUGACCUUCUAUGCUGCUCUCAUUGACCUGCUAGGCCGCUGUGCUCCAGAGAUGCAUCUGAUCCAUGCUGGUAAAGGUGAAGCUAUCCGUAUCAGAGCCAUUUUGAGGUCUCUCAUCCCUAUUGAAGACCUGGUGGGAGUCAUCAGUAUUCCAUUCUCCAUGCCUAACUUGGCUAAAGAUGGAUUGGUUGUGGAGCCAGACAUGUCAGCAGGUUUCUGCCCAGACCACAAAGCAGCCAUGGUCCUAUUCCUGGACCGUGUCUAUGGUAUAGAAGACCAGAAUUUUCUUCUCCACCUUCUGGAGGUUGGAUUUUUACCAGACCUGAGGUCUGCUGCCUCUCUGGACACUGUUGCUCUUAGUGCCACAGACAUGGCACUGGCCCUCAACAGGUAUCUGUGUACAGCAGUGCUGCCUCUCCUGACUAAAUGUGCUCCACUGUUCGCGGGGACAGAGCCAUUCGCCUCACUAAUCGACUCCCUGCUUCAUACAGUUUACCGCCUGUCCAAAGGUUGCUGCCUCACCAAAGCUCAGAGGGACUCCAUAGAGGAGUGUCUGCUUGCUGUUUGUGGUAAGCUAAGGCCUUCAAUGAUGCAGCACUUGCUCAGGAGACUGGUGUUUGAUGUACCUCUGCUUAAUGAACACACCAAGAUGCCUCUGAAGCUGUUGACCAAUCACUACGAGCGUUGCUGGAAGUAUUACUGUUUGGCUGGAGGUUGGGGCAAUUUUGGAGUAGCUUCAGAUGAAGAGCUGCACCUCUCUAGGAAAAUGUUUUGGGGAAUAUUUGAUGCUCUGUCCCGCAAGCAGUACAACCAGGAGCUAUUUAAACUGGCACUGCCAUGUCUUAGUGCUGUGGCUGGAGCUCUUCCUCCAGACUACAUGGAGUCUAACUACAUGGCCAUGAUGGAGAAACAGUCAUCUAUGGAUUCAGAAGGCAACUUCACACCACAGCCUGCAGACACCACCAAUGUGACUGUCCCAGAGAAACUGGACUAUUUUAUAACUAGAUAUGCAGAGCACAUCCAUGAGAAGUGGUGUAUAGAAAAGUUUGCCAAUGGUUGGUCAUAUGGAGACCAGAUGUGUGAAAUCAGCAAGAACCAUCCACUGCUGAAACCAUACAAAAGCCUGUCUGAAAAGGAUAAAGAGGUGUACUGUUGGCCCAUCAGAGAGUCUCUGAAAACCAUGCUUUCAUGGGGCUGGAGCAUCGAUAGAAUCAGAGAGGGAGACCCUGUAAACCUUCACAACAAGUCCAGAAGGAUUUCGCAGGCCAGUCAGCUUUCUUUUGAAGGAGCUCCAGAUUUCAUUCCAAGACCCACUGAUAUGAGCAAUGUGACACUGUCUAGAGACUUGCAGUCAAUGGCAGAGCUGCUUGCAGAGAAUUAUCAUAAUAUCUGGGCCAGGAAAAAGAAAAUGGAGCUGGAAGCCAAAGGUGGAGGAAACCAUCCACUGCUGGUCCCUUAUGAUACAUUGACUGCCAAAGAGAAAUCCAAAGACAGAGAAAAAGCACAAGACAUCCUUAAGUUCCUCCAAAUCAAUGGUUACGUUGUCUCCAGGGGUGUGAAGUCACAGGAGAUGGACACUCCUGCUAUAGAGAAACGAUUUGCGUACACCUUCCUCCAGCAAAUCAUCACCUAUGUUGACCAGGCACACCAACACAUGAUGGAGUUUGAUCUGGGAACAAGACCAAAGGGAGAGAAGAUUCCUCACGAGCAGCAGAUUAAGUUCUUCGGAAAGGUUGUCUUGCCAUUGGUGGACCAGUACUUCAAAAAUCACAGGCUGUACUUCCUGUCCACAGCCAUCCAUCCAAUCAGCAGUGGCGGCCAUGCCUCUAACAAGGAAAAGGAGAUGGUGACGAGUCUUUUCUGCAAACUGGGAGUUCUUGUCAGACAUAGGAUAUCCUUGUUUGGUAACAAUGCCACUUCCAUCGUCAAUUGUCUACAGAUACUGGGACAAAGCCUGGAUGCCAGGACAGUGAUGAAGACUGGUCUGGAUUCAGUGAAGGCGGCCUUACGAUCAUACUUCGACAGCGCAGCCAAGGAUCUGGAGAAGACUCAGGAGAAUCUGAAGCUUGGUCAGUUCACUCACAGCAGGGACCAGCCGCGAGGUGUCACUCAAAUCAUCAACUACACCACCUUUGCCCUGCUGCCUGUCCUCUCCUCCCUGUUUGAACACAUUGGACAGAACAUGUUUGGAGAAGACCUCAUAUUGGAUGAUGUCCAAGUCUCCUGCUAUAGAAUCCUUAACAGCCUCUACCUUCUGGGAACCAAGAAAAGCAUCUAUGUAGAAAGACAACGUCCAGCUAUAGGAAAGUGUUUAGCAGCCUUCUCAGGAGCAUUCCCUGUUGCCUUUCUUGAGCCUCACAUGAAUAAGUUUAACAACUUUUCCAUCUACAACAACAAAGGAUCUAAAGACAGAGCAGCUCUAGGUCUUCCUGGGCAGGUUGGGGAGGUUUGCUCACUGAUCCCCAACUUGGAGAAGUCUUUGGAUGAGAUUGUAGAGCUAGCAGAAUCUGGCAUGAGGUACACGCAGAUGCCUCAUGUUAUGGAGGUGGUCUUGCCAAUGUUGUGUAGCUACAUGUCUCACUGGUGGGAACAUGGACCAGAGAGUGACCCAGACAAAGCCAACAACUGCUGCACAUCUGUGACCUCUGAAUACAUGAAUACUCUACUGGGAAAUAUUCUCAAGAUCAUCUACAACAACCUGGGAAUAGAUGAGGGGGCCUGGAUGAAGAGAUUGGCUGUCUUCUCUCAGCCAAUCAUCAGCAAAGCUAAACCUCAGCUGUUAAAGACCCACUUCUUGCCUUUGAUGGAGAAACUCAAAAAAAAAGCAGCUGUUGUGCUGAUGGAUGAAGAACAUAGCAAGGCAGAGGGGAGGGGUGAGAUGUCUGAAACAGAGCUCCUCAUCAUGGACCAAUUUACUGUCCUGGUCAGAGACCUGUAUGCCUUCUACCCUCUCCUCAUACGAUUUGUUGACUACAACAGGGCUAGAUGGCUGAAAGAGUCCAGUCCAGAAGCGGAGGAACUGUUCCGAAUGGUGGCUGAGGUUUUCAUCUUCUGGGCCAAGUCUCAUAACUUCAAGAGAGAAGAGCAGAACUUUGUGGUUCAGAAUGAAAUUAACAACAUGUCCUUCCUCAUUACUGACACCAAGUGUAAGAUGUCAAAGGGAAUAGUUUCAGACCAGGAGAGGAAGAAGAUGAAGAGAAAAGGUGACCGAUACUCGAUGCAGACAAGUUUGAUUGUUGCUACUCUGAAGCGUCUGCUGCCAGUGGGACUCAACAUCUGUGCUCCAGGAGAACAGGAGCUCAUCACACUGGCUAAGAACCGUUUUUUAUAGAAAGACACAGAGGAUGAAGUUCGAGAGAUCAUCAGAAAUAACCUGCAUUUACAAGGAAAGUCAGAGGACCCAGCUAUUCGUUGGCAGAUGGCUCUGUACAGAGACCUCCCUAACCACUAUGAGGAUCCCGCUAACCCAGAAAAAACUGUCGAAAGAGUUCUGGAUAUUGGUCACGUCCUCUUCCACUUGGACCAGGUGGAGCAUCCUCAGCGCAGUAAGAAAGCUGUGUGGCACAAACUGCUCUCAAAACAGAGGAAGAGAGCUGUGGUCGCUUGCUUCAGGAUGGCACCACUCUAUAACUUGCCAAGGCACCGAGCUGUAAACUUGUUCCUGCAAGGCUAUGAGAAGUCCUGGAUUGAGACAGAGGAACAUUACUUUGAAGAUAAACUUAUAGAAGACCUUGCUAAACCAGGUGAACAGGAGCCAUCUGAGGAAGAAGAGGGACAGAACCACAUAGAUCCCCUGCAUCAGCUCAUCCAGCUGUUCAGCAGAACAGCCCUAACAGAAAAAUGUAAACUGGAUGAGGAUAAUCUCUACAUGGCCUAUGCAGACAUCAUGGCUAAGAGUUGCCAUGAUGAAGAAGAUGACGAUGGAGAAGUGAAAAGUUUUGAAGAGAAAGAGAUGGAGAAGCAGAAGCUGCUGUAUCAGCAAGCUAGGCUACAUGACCGUGGCGCUGCUGAGAUGGUGCUCCAGACCAUCAGUGCUAGCAAAGGUGAGAUGGGUCCCAUGGUGGCAUCUACUCUGAAGCUGGGCAUAGCUAUUCUUAAUGGUGGAAACUCAACCGUGCAGCAGAAAAUGUUGGAUUAUCUCAAGGACAAGAAGGACGUGGGCUUCUUUCAGAGUCUAGCUGGUCUCAUGCAGUCAUGCAGUGUUCUGGAUCUAAAUGCAUUUGAGAGGCAGAAUAAAGCAGAGGGACUGGGAAUGGUGACAGAGGAAGGAUCAGGUGAGAAGGUCAUGCAGGAUGAUGAGUUCACUUGUGACCUUUUCCGCUUCCUGCAGCUACUCUGUGAAGGACACAACUCAGACUUCCAGAACUACUUGAGGACUCAAACAGGGAACAACACAACUGUUAACAUCAUUAUCUCCACUGUUGAUUACGUCCUAAGAGUUCAGGAGUCCAUCAGUGAUUUCUACUGGUAUUAUUCUGGAAAAGAUGUGAUUGAUGAGCAGGGCCAAAGGAAUUUCUCCAAAGCAAUAAAUGUGGCCAAGCAGGUUUUCAAUACCCUCACUGAGUACAUCCAGGGUCCAUGCACUGGCAACCAACAGAGUUUGGCCCAUAGUCGACUGUGGGACGCUGUGGUUGGGUUUCUGCAUGUUUUCGCUCACAUGCAGAUGAAAUUGUCUCAAGACUCCAGUCAGAUUGAAUUACUAAAGGAACUAAUGGAUCUGCAGAAAGACAUGGUGGUCAUGCUGCUGUCUAUGUUAGAGGGUAAUGUUGUGAAUGGGACCAUUGGAAAGCAGAUGGUGGACAUGUUGGUGGAGUCCUCCAACAAUGUAGAGAUGAUCCUCAAAUUCUUUGACAUGUUCCUCAAACUGAAGGACCUGACCUCUUCAGAUGCCUUCAAGGAGUAUGACCCUGACGGAAAAGGUGUCAUCUCUAAGAGGGACUUUCAUAAGGCCAUGGAGAGCCACAAACACUACACCCAGUCCGAGACAGAGUACUUGCUUUCUUGUGCUGAGACUGAUGAGAAUGAACUUCUCGACUAUGAAGAGUUUGUGGAGCGCUUUCAUGAGCCAGCCAAGGACAUUGGCUUCAAUGUGGCAGUUUUGCUGACCAACUUGUCAGAGCACAUGCCUCAUGACACCCGGUUGCAGACUUUCCUGGAGUUGGCAGAAAGUGUCCUCAACUACUUCCAACCAUACCUGGGCCGGAUCGAGAUCAUGGGAAGUGCAAAGCGGAUCGAGAGGGUCUACUUUGAGAUCAGUGAGUCCAGUCGUACACAGUGGGAGAAACCUCAGGUAAAGGAGUCCAAGCGACAGUUUAUAUUUGAUGUGGUGAAUGAAGGAGGGGAGAAGGAGAAGAUGGAACUGUUUGUGAAUUUCUGUGAGGACACCAUAUUUGAAAUGCAGCUGGCGGCUCAGAUGUCUGAUGCUGGCGAGCGCUCAGCUGUAAAAGAGGAGAACGAGCGUGAGAAACCAGAUGAGGAGAGCCCUGAUAUGGGUUUUUUUUCUUUUACCACUGUCUGCAUGGCACUGCUAGCUCUCCGAUACAACACCAUGCUAAUAAUAAAGGUACUGUCCAUGAAGAGCUUGAAGAAACAAAUGAAGAAGAUAAAGAACAUGACUGUGAAGGACAUGGUAACCACUCUGGUCUCCUCCUACUGGUCAGUCUUGUUAGGCCUCCUCCAUGUGGUGUUCAAUGUGACUCGAGGAUUCUGCAGAAUCUUCUACAACACUUUCAUGGGGGGAAAUCUGGUGGAGGGGGCCAAGACCAUAAAGGUAUCAGAGCUGUUGGCCAACAUGCCAGACCCUACCCAGGAUGAGGUGCGGGGUGAAGGGGAGAACAGAGAGAAGAGGUUGUCUGAUCGCAGCUCCACCAAGGCAGACUUGGCUGACCUGGCAGUCAACACCAGUGAGACUGAGCUGCUAUCAGACAUUUUUGGUUUGGACUUAAGAAGGGAAGGGGGCCAGUACAAGAUCACUCCCCAUAACCCCAACGCCAGCCUUACUGAACUCCUCAACUCCCCAGUUCCCUUGCCAACCCCAUCUACAGUACCCCAAACUGAGGUCAGACAAACCCAUCACUUAAAGAGCUCUGCCUCUGAUGAAAAGGAAGCAACACUAGAGACUGAAUGUGAACCUGAGAAAACAUCUGAAAGUGGACAUGUAGAAAAACAAGAGAAACAGUCAAAGAAUGAGACAAUGAAGCCAAAAAUGAGGAGACAUCGCACCUCAAAGUCUGAUGAACCUGAUAUGCAAGAGUCAGCAUUCUUAAAGAAGAUCAUUGCCUACCAGAGGAAACUGCUGAACUACUUUGCCAGAAACUUUUACAACAUGAGGAUGCUGGCUUUGUUUGUUGCAUUCGCAAUCAACUUUAUUCUUCUGUUCUAUAAGGUUUCUACAUCCUCAUCCGUGGUUGAGGAGAGGGAAGUCGCGUACACUAACAGCCAACCAGAGAACAACAUUCAGUGGGAUCCACUAAGUAGAGAAACAGUGGAAGCAGAGGAGGAGGUGAUGGAUCACUCCGGCAUGUCCCAGAAACCUGUCACUGUCCGUUUUGUCCUGGAAGAGAGCAGUGGCUACAUGGAGCCCAUGUUACGGAUCCUUGCUGUACUGCACACAGUCAUCUCCUUCUUCUGCAUCAUUGGAUACUACUGUCUUAAGGUGCCAUUGGUGAUCUUUAAGCGUGAAAAGGAGGUGGCUAGGAAGCUGGAAUUUGAUGGCCUUUAUAUAACAGAGCAACCAUCAGAGGAUGACAUAAAAGGGCAGUGGGACAGACUGGUAAUCAACACCCAAUCUUUCCCCAAUAACUACUGGGAUAAGUUUGUGAAGAGGAAGGUGAUGGAUAAAUAUGGGGAGUUUUAUGGCCAUGACCGCAUCAGUGAGCUGCUUGGACUGGACAAAGCUGCUUUGGACUUCAGUGAUGCUCACAAAAAGAGGAAGCCCAGGAAAGACAGCUCACUUGCUGCAGUGUUGAACUCUAUUGAUGUCAAGUACCAGAUCUGGAAGCUGGGAGUUGUGUUCACAGACAAUUCCUUUCUGUAUCUGGCCUGGUACAUGACCAUGUCCAUUCUGGGUCACUAUAACAACUUCUUCUUUGCUGCCCAUCUUCUGGACAUUGCCAUGGGUUUUAAGACACUGCGUACUAUUCUCUCCUCAGUCACACACAAUGGAAAACAGCUAGUGUUAACUGUUGGCCUGUUAGCAGUGGUGGUGUACCUCUACACAGUCGUGGCCUUCAACUUUUUCAGGAAGUUCUACAACAAGAGUGAAGAUGGAGAACUGCCAGACAUGAAGUGUGAUGACAUGCUGACAUGUUACAUGUUCCACAUGUAUGUGGGGGUGCGAGCGGGUGGAGGAAUUGGUGACCAGAUCGAGGACCCAGCUGGUGAUGAAUAUGAGAUCUACCGCAUCAUCUUUGACAUCACUUUCUUCUUCUUUGUCAUUGUAAUCCUGCUGGCUAUCAUUCAGGGGUUGAUCAUCGAUGCUUUUGGAGAGCUGAGGGAUCAGCAGGAACAAGUGAAAGAAGACAUGGAGACCAAAUGUUUUAUCUGUGGAAUAGGGAAUGACUACUUUGACACAGUGCCACAUGGCUUUGAAACGCACACUCUACAGGAGCACAACUUGGCCAACUACUUAUUCUUUCUGAUGUAUCUCAUCAACAAAGAUGAAACAGAGCACACAGGCCAGGAGUCUUACGUAUGGAAGAUGUACCAGGAGCGUUGCUGGGAGUUUUUCCCUGCCGGCGACUGUUUCCGGAAACAGUAUGAGGAUCAGCUCAACUGAGUCAACGUGUUAACUCUUAAAGUCCCACUGCAGCCAUCUGGUCUCUGCUUGUCCCUCAAACCUUUCUUACUUUUCUGAGGAAGCUGUAUUCUACCAAAUCAUGGGUUCCUCUCUAUGCUUCAUCUCUGCUCAAGUGACCAGGCUCUUCAGCAGGCUGCACACUGAGCCGUUGUCAUCCAGACAGUCAGUCCUCCCCCCAAACCUCCAGCACACUCUAUUCGGAAGGCUUUGGAGACUUUGUACAUAGAAAACAUCAGAUUAUAUGAUGUACAAUACAUUACAAGUGGCACGUCUAAACUUUUUGACUCUGAUGACUUAUUUGCUUCAUCUUAUUCUAUACUCACAGUAAGAUGCAAAAAAUACAAAGGCGUGGUGUAUUGAAGGUUAAAAAAAAAAAAAAGAAACCUAAAGAUUAUUUUACUUUUAAUAUGACCAUGUUUAUGACUUUUCAUGUGUAUAAUGCAUGCUGCAUGUAGGUACAGGAGGUGGAUACAGUAAUCCCACUUGACACCCUAAUCCGGCAACAUCUCUGCAGCAAGCCAGCACUUAGGGAGGCUUUAUAUACUGAAAGUGGUGCUGAGGUGAUUUCGGGUAUGGGGAGACUGAAGAUGCACAUCCAACACAGUACCACAGUACAGCCUUCAGAACAAUGACAGAGCUGAAUUAAUGAGCCCCUUGUGCAAUGAGGAACAUUCUUCACAAACAGAGCUGCUGUGCUGGGGUGAACUGCAGUUAGAUCCAUAAGUAUUUGGAUAAUGACACAUUUUUUGCAACUUUGGUUUUUAUGUAGUAACCAUGGUUUUACCAUGGUAAUACCAUAGUUAACCAUAGUGGAUUUUCAUAAGGGUACCACCACAGUUGAUUUUAAAUCAAACAAUCAAGAUAUAAUUAAAGAGCAGACUUUCAGCUUUACUUCAGGGGGUUUAACAAAAGUAUUGCAUUAUAACCAUUUUUAUAAAUAUUCCCCCAUUUUCAAAAGUAGUUAGACAAUGUAAUACAAUUUCUAAAUCAAAGGAUUGUUUUUGAUAUUGGAGGACAAUCCUUUGUAGUCAGUGAGUGUUAGUUUAGAACCCAUGGACAUCACCAAAUGCUGUC